AUGGCAGUACAUAAACUAAUAAUACUAAGACACGGAGAAAGUGAGUAUAACAAUCAAUCCAAAUUCUGUGGAUGGAUUGAUGCUCCAUUAUCUGCUCAAGGUAAACAAGAGGCCAUAAAGGCAGCUAAUCUUAUUGCACUGGCAGAUUUACAUCCCCAGAUUAUGUUUACAUCUCGACUCCUGAGACUGAUUGAUACAGGCUACAUUAUUCUCAAGGAAUUGAAUAAAUUAUACGUGGAUCAUGUUAAAACAUGGCGAUUAAACGAAAGACAUUAUGGAUUAUAUCAAGGAAGGGUAAAACAUGAAGUUUUCAGAGAACUUGGGGAAGACAAGUAUAAAUGGGUUCGGAGAAACUUUCGUGCUGUACCACCGUUAGUUCCACUUGAUGCCAUUGAUCAUUCCAUUGAUGAUGAUUAUGAUGAUAGAUAUAAGGCUGAAAUGGGAGAAAGUCGAAGGUUACUACCUCGUGGAGAAUCGUUGGAGAUGGUAAUGGAUCGAUUGAUUCCUUAUUUCCGUGUGGAGAUAUUGGAAGAACAAUUGAUUGUGGAAAACAAAACAGUGCUAGUUGUAACGCAUGGAAGUAUUGUUCGGAGUUUAAUCAAGUAUUUGAAUAAAGUAGAUGAUGAUGCCAUUUCUGGGGUCAAUGUUCCUACGGGAGUUCCAUUAGUUUUUGAACUAGAUGAGGAUUUACAUUUGAUCAAGUUCUACUAUUUGGAUAAGGAAGCUGCUGAACGAGGUAUUGCUAAAGUAAGCAAGGAAGGUAUAGAGAAGUAA